AUGGGCUCCGACGGUGCCUCUUGGUCUCCUCAGACCGGUCAUUCUUUCGACUCUGCCUCACCCCCAGAAGAGAACACUACCUCCCCCAUCCCUUUCUUCCACCUCCUCGAGCGCCUCAAGACCACCAAGCGCGAGGGUUGGCGCCGUUUCGGUAUCAAUGGCGAGUCCAUCUCCGACCACAUGUAUCGCAUGUCGAUCAUGACGAUGUUCGCCCCGCCUGAGCUGGCGGCCAAGCUGAACCUCCCACACUGCACCAAAAUGGCCCUUGUUCACGACAUGGCCGAGUCGCUCGUUGGCGACAUCACCCCAGUCGACUUGCACAUCACCAAGGCCGAGAAGGCUCGUCGCGAGGCUGAUGUCAUGGAGUACAUUACGACCUCCCUCCUGGGUAAGGUUCCCGGAGGUGCCCUGUCGGCCCAGGAGAUCAAGCGCGUGUUCGAGGAGUACGAGGAGAACGUGACACUCGAGGCGAACUUUGUACACGACAUCGACAAGAUGGAACUUCUGCUGCAGAUGGUCGAGUACGAACGCUCCCACCCUGAGGUUGACCUGUCAGAGUUCGAGGGCGUCGUAAAGCGCGUCCAGCUGCCAGAGAUCAAGGUCUGGGCCGAGCAGGUGGUUAAGGAGCGUCCGCAGCGCAAGUAG